AUGAUGAAUAUUUACAAUCAGUCAGUGAAAACUUCAGAUAUUCUCACUGUCUAUCGAGGAAUGAUAAUAAAUGCCGAUGAAUUAGAAAAAAUUAAAAUGAAUAUUGGUAAUCUUAUAUCAAUUAAUACAUUCUUUUCAACAACAACUUUAUAUAAUGUGGCAUUGAUGUUUGCUAGAGAUUGUAGUGGACGUCCAUUAUAUGAAUCAGUUGUAUUUGAAAUUAAUAUUGACACAACUAUUGUUAAAAAGCCUUUAGUCAGUCUAAAUGAUGUUGAACCAUCACCCAGUGGCCAUUGGUAUGUGUCAUUGACUGUCAAAUGUGAUCAAGAGACGAAAACAAAUGAGUUAAUAACAUAUUUCAAACAAGAAAUUGAUGAAUCAUCGACCUUAUUACAGCUAGGAGAAUUUCUUGGUACUAUGGAUGAAUAUGACAAACGUGUCCUAUGCAUAUAUCAAAGUGAUUGGAUUUUAGCAACAACAUAUUUGGAAAAAGGUCUCGAACUAGAUUUAAAAAAUCUGAAAUCUGAUGAUCCAUAUCUAGCUAUAACGUAUAAAAAUAUUGGUAUGAUUUAUUACAAUCGAGGAACGUAUGGCAAAGCUCUCGAAAACUAUGAACAAGCUCUUAGUAUCGAGCUGUUGUCUUUGCCAGCAACAAAUGCAGCUGUUGGAACAACUUAUAAUAAUAUGGGCAUGGUUUAUACUGAUCGAGGUGAUUAUAAACAAGCACUUGAUCAUUUGGAAAAAGCUCUUCAUUAUAAAUUACUUUCACUACCAAAAUAUCAUCCGAAUAGUGGCAAUACAUAUAAUAACAUUGGUCUAUUACAUUUUGACAAUCAUCAAUAUGAUAAUGCUCUAGAAAAUCUUCAACAAGCUCUUGAAAUUUUACUCAUCUGUUUACCUAAACAUCAUCUGACAACAGCAAACCUACGAAACAAUAUUGGUCUCAUAUAUCAAAAACAAGGAGAUCAAACACAGGCACUUGACUAUUUUGAAAAAUUGCUUGCAAGUAUGGAAAUAUCCUUACCAGUUGGUCAUAUGGAUUUUGCUCUGGUAUAUAAUAACAUGGGACUAGUUCAAUAUGAAAUGAAAAAUUGGGAUCAAGCAUUAGCAUAUUAUGAAAAAGCAAACCAAAUCUAUUGUCAAAAAGGCGACUCUGAACACCCAGCAUGUGCAUCGAUUUUCCAUAACAUGGGCGACGUUUAUCCAGAUCAUCAAGAUAUUGCAAAAUAUCGAAGUAAAAUUAGUCAAAUUUAA